AUGCAGGAGGCCUGGCUUCUGCUGGGUGAAGCUGAGAAUGUCCUGGCCCACCUGAGACGCAGGAGGGAGAAGGACCAGGCCUCUUUGUCCCAACUCUGUCUCUCUUCACAGCAUGAGUGUGUGGACGACUUCUGUGAUGACCUCCAAAGUCAACCCCAAGCAGACACACAGGUCGAGUCAGUCCUAGCAAAGCUGGAGGACCAACUCAGUGAGAACCUGCUUGAAGCUGUGGAUGCUGAAGUUCACAACAAUGUACUGAAGGUGGCUGCCGGCCUACAGGCCUUGCGCAGUGCGGUUGAGGCCAUCUGGGGAGAGUUGAAGCGUUUCUUCUCCUCUGUGGGGCAGGUCUUCAAGAGCCUCAUCCAGGUCUAG